GUAGUAGACAGUGUGUUGUUGUUAUGUCGUUCCAUUGUUGUGAAGUCUGUAGUGUAAAGUGUUAACAGUAAAGUUAACAAUAAAAAAAGGAAUAGAAGUAUACGAUAAUAAUUAUAUAUAGAAGGAUAAACCAAUAACCACAGUUGUUGUUGUAAACUAUUUUUGUUUCUCGUUUUUCUGUUGUGAAUACUGGAUUCAGGAUUGCUAUAGUAAAUUACGUACUCCGUCACUCCGUGGUUGUCACUGUUGGGAAUUGCGUACACGGCUUUGGAUCACGAAUAUCACUGCGCACGUCAGAAAAUUCGUCGCCGUCCAUUUAUUUCUGCAGUUGUUCUCCUACGAUUCGUUUAUAAUUUCAGCGACUAACAACCAUCCAAAAUGAAAACCGACAAAAUUAAAAUUGAAUCUUCUGAAGAAUUAAAAAUCCCUUAUGUUCGUUUGGAGCGUUGCAGUUUAGAAGAAAUUAAUGGUUACAGACUGAAACCAGAAAAAAAUGCUUACUAUUUGAUGAAAUCUGGAUCGGAAGAAUCUAAUGAAGAAGAAAGUAGUGAUAAUGUGGUAUCACUGAACUUUGUGACUUUAUUAGGUGAUUGUGAAAGAUUGUACCGUUCCUAUGUCUUACUUGAACGGUUAUCUCCACACGAUAUUCAAAAUUUAUCGAAUAAAAAGAAUUAACUAUUCAUAUUCUUUCAAUGGGACUUGAAAACGAUGACAAAUCUUUGUGUGGGAUGGAUUUUAGUUCGGAACAAAAUUCAAUUGAAGAACAAAUAUAUUCACAUGUUAGGCAAUACUUUCAUCAGUGUAUCAGUUAAGAUCAAUUGAAAUUUAUUUUUUUUGUUAAUUAAAUUAAUUUCUUAUAACAUUUAAUAUAUCUAUGUAAUGUGAAUUUUUUUCAUUUUAUUUUUUGAUCUUAUUAUGUUACUAAACUUUUACAUUUUGGAUUAAUUCCUUUAUACUUAUUUUUUGUGAAUGUAGUAUAUAACUGCUGGAGUUUAUUCUGGUUCAAAUUAAUAAUUAUUAUAAUAUAUUAUGUGUAUGUGUAUUCUAACAUCGACGGACAACAAUUUGAAGCCUUAAGGUUGAUUGAAUUCUAAUUUAUAUAGAGCCAAUAAAAAUAAUGUUAAACUAGUUUAAAGUCUUAAAUAUUUUAAUGUAUUUCAUUAAUUAUUUGAAUAUUGGUAUUUAAUUUUUUUUGAUAAUAUUAUAAAGAUGUAUCUAAUAAGUAUAUUCGAACAUUUGAAAAUGAGAUUUUGUUUGUUGAUGUAUCUCUAAUAAUAUGCAGCUAAUUAAUGUUUUUUUUUGUAUCCAAUAAACUUAUAUCAAACCAUCAA